GGGCCAAGUCCUCCUCCGUCCCAGGGUGCCUCGGGCUGACGAUGGCCGCCACCAUGGAGGAGGAAGAGCUGGAGUUUGUGGAUGAGCUGGAGGGCGUCCUGCACCUGGCGCCCGAGGUGCAGCAGGCGAUUGAGCAGGUGUUCCCCAGCCAGGAUCCCUUGGACAGGGCUGACUUCAAUGCAGUGGAAUACAUCAAUGCACUCUUCCCAACUGAACAGUCUUUGGCCAACAUUGACGAAGUUGUAACCAAAAUAAGACUAAAAAUAAGACGGUUGGAUGAUAACAUUCGAACUGUGGUAAGAGGGCAAACCAAUGUAGGACAAGAUGGCCGACAGGCUUUGGAGGAAGCGCAGAAAGCCAUUCAACAGCUUUUUGCCAAGAUUAAGGACAUUAAGGACAAAGCAGAGAAAUCGGAGCAGAUGGUCAAAGAAAUCACCCAGGACAUUAAACAGCUUGAUCAUGCCAAACGCCACCUCACAACUUCCAUCACCACGCUCAAUCACCUGCACAUGCUUGCGGGAGGUGUCGACUCCUUGGAGGCGAUGACUCGCCGCAGACAGUAUGGAGAAGUAGCUAACCUCAUGCAAGGGGUGGUGAACGUGCUGGAGCACUUCCACAAGUAUAUGGGAAUUCCGCAGAUCCGCCAGCUCUCUGAAAGGGUCCGGGCUGCACAGACAGAGCUGGGGCAACAGAUCCUGGCGGAUUUUGAAGAGGCCUUCCCCUCGCAGAGCACUAAGAGACCAGCGGGCCCCAGUAACAUUCUGCGCGAUGCCUGCCUGGUGGCCAACGUUCUGGAUCCCAGAAUUAAGCAGGAGAUAAUCAAGAAAUUUACAAAGCAACAUCUCUCAGAGUACCACGUUCUGUUCCAGGAGAACCAAGAUGUGGCGUGGCUGGAUAAGAUAGAUCGACGGUACGCUUGGAUUAAACGGCAGCUGGUAGAUUAUGAAGAGAAAUACGGCCGCAUGUUCCCAGGGGAGUGGAAUAUGAGUGAAAGGAUCACGGUGGAGUUCUGCCACGGCACCAGGAUAGAGCUGGCUAAAAUAAUGCGAACGAGAGCCAAGGAAAUUGAAGUGAAGCUGCUGCUGUUUGCGAUCCAAAGGACGACAAACUUUGAGGGCCUGUUGGCCAAGAGGUUCUCAGGCAGCACGCUGACAGAUGGCAUCGUGAAAAAGCCAGAGCCAGCUCCACCUUCCACAAAUCCAUUCCUUGAGGAUGAACCAGGAGUAGAUUGUGAUCCCGAGAAAGAAGGAGAUCUAGAGAAGCCAAAGAAGCCUAAAGUCCCAGACAACCCUUUCCAUGGCAUUAUCUCCAAAUGCUUUGAGCCUCACCUAUACGUUUACAUUGAGUCUCAGGACAGGAAUCUCGGCGAGCUGAUCGACAAAUUUGUGGCCGAUUUCAAAGCCCAGGGUCCCCCGAAGCCGAACGCUGGUGACGGUGGAGUGGUGCUCCCCAGCUGUGCCGACUUGUUUGUCUACUACAAGAAGUGCAUGGUGCAGUGCUCGCAACUCAGCACCGGGGAGCCGAUGAUUGCCCUGACCACCAUCUUCCAGAAAUACCUGCGUGAAUAUGCCUGGAAAAUCCUCUCCGGAAACCUGCCGAAAACCACAAGUAGCAGCGGUGGCCUGACCAUCUCCAGUCUGCUGAAGGAGAAGGAGGGCUCGGAGGUGGCAAAGUUCACACUGGAGGAGCUCUGCCUCAUCUGCAGUAUCCUCAGCACUGCCGAGUAUUGCCUGGCAACAACACAACAGCUUGAAGAGAAACUCAAGGAGAAGGUGGAUGUGAGUCUAGCAGAACGCAUCAACCUGAUAUCAGAAAUGGACACCUUUAGCACAGUGAUUUCCAAUAGUAUCCAGCUCUUGGUUCAGGACUUGGACGCAGCCUGUGACCCGGCAUUGACUGCUAUGAGUAAAAUGCCCUGGCAAAAUGUGGAGCAUGUGGGUGACCAGAGUGCCUAUGUCACUUCUAUAAUCCUCCAUAUCAAGCAGAAUGUGCCCAUUAUCCGAGAUAACCUGGCUUCCACGCGCAAAUACUUUACGCAGUUCUGCAUCAAAUUUGUCAACUCCUUCAUUCCAAAAUUCAUCAACCACCUUUUCAAGUGCAAGCCAAUCAGUAUGGUGGGAGCUGAGCAGCUACUACUGGACACUCACUCCCUCAAAACCGUUCUGCUGGAUCUUCCUUCCAUUGGUUCACAAGUGGUACGCAAGGCUCCGGCGAGCUAUACCAAGAUUGUUGUCAAAGGCAUGACUCGUGCAGAGAUGAUUCUGAAGGUGGUAAUGGCCCCACAUGACGCAUCAGUGAUAUUUGUGGAUAAUUACAUCAAACUUCUAGCAGACUGCAGCACAGACACAUUCCAGAAGGUUCUGGAUAUGAAGGGUCUGAAACGCAGCGAGCAGAGCAGCAUGCUGGACCUCUUCCGUCAGAGGCUACCGACCCCUCCAUCCGGCGCUGAGAACACCCUGACUGCCGCGCUCUCCGCUCCAUCCCCAGAACAGGAAUCGUCCCGCAUCCGCAAGCUGGAGAAACUCAUUAAAAAGAGACUGUGAGCGCAGCAAAAGACAAGAGCGGCUCAGCCCAGACUCACCCCGGCA